GGGCGGGGCGGGCGCUGCGGCGGCGGCGGCGGCGGCGGCCAUGGAGCGGCUGGAGCGGAGCGGGCGCUGGCUGCGGGCCGCGCUGGCCCGCGGGAGGCUGCGCCGCCGCCUCCCCGCGCUGCUGCUCGCCAUCGCCGUGCUCGGCUCCGCGCUCAAGGACAGCGACCUGGUGCCCGACACGCCGCUGCAGAACAAGCGGAACCCGCUCAACGUAUACUUCGUGAAGGUGGCCUGGGCUUGGACGCUGUGGCUGCUGCUGCCCUUCAUCACCCUCACCACGUACGAGUUGGCCCGGAGCAAGUUCCUGUACGGCCGCACCAAGAGCGCGCUGCUGGUGCUGCGGCGCCUGGGCGCGCUGCUGGUGGGCACGGCCGUGUGGUACCUGUGCACUGAGCUCUUCAUCUACGUGGAGAACCUCACUGGGGAGUGCUCCCUGCAGGGCAAGCCUGGCCAGCCCCCCCGGCUCUACGCCUCCAAGCGGGAGUGCCACCAGGACAGCGGCGUCUGGAACGGCUUCGACAUCUCAGGGCACUGCUUCCUGCUCUCCUACUGUGCCAUGAUGAUCCUGGAGGAGGUGGCUGUGCUGGAAGCACUGUCCAUAGACCACAGCUCCAAGCUGCGUGUGGUGAUCAACGUCCUGUUUGUUUCCCUGUGUUUCCUCACCGUCAUCUGGGUGUUCAUGUUCCUCUGUACUGCCCUGUAUUUCCAUGACUUCAGCCAAAAGCUUCUCGGUGUGUUGAUAGGUCUGUCAGCCUGGUAUGGGACAUACAGGUUUUGGUAUUUAAAGCCCUUUUCUCCUGGACUACCUCUUCCAAAUAUACCUUUGAGUUCAAAGAAAUACAGCUAUAGCAGAUAAAAUAAGGUUUGAAAUGUUUUGGAUUUUGCUUUCAGUACUGGAGUAGUUGAAUGUAGGAAUGGUUACUGUAUUUCCACUGUAAGGAACUAGGUGAUGGGUUGGAGGAAACCAAAUCUGUACUGGCCAUUGGCUGGCAGGUGGUAAUGAGGUUCUUCCCUGGGAGAAGAAUAAAAAUUGGUAUUGGAAGAGGUCUGCUCUUGUUUAGGAGCUGACAACUGGGAUUGUCAGCAGAGAAAUCAGAAGCUGAAUCUGUUUCUCUUACUAAUAAAGGGAGAAGCAGACCCAAGGCUAAAAGAGGCCUUUGAUCUUGAGGAGUGUGAUUUAUCUCAGUUAAUUCUCCCUCUUCCUUAUCGAAUUAUGUCAAGAUAUUGUGGAUGAUCCAAACCUCAUGCUUUUUUUAUUGUUCCUAUUUGUAUGGCCUUAUGGGAAAGCUCUAAUAAUCACAGUGCUGCUAAGCAUUGCAAAAAUACCAAUUCUUGUGAAAGCAGUUCUGUUGUGAAACUGGAAUAUCUCAUGUUCUCAAGUAUUAAAAACACUAACUUGCCAGAAAUGCCUCAUAGCUACCUGCACCUUCUGCAACAGAGAGUAAAUCUGAAAUGCAAUGUCUUAAGCACACUGUGACUAAAUUCAUGCCUGCCUCCGAAAAGGAAACUCUUGAAAAACAAGCCUUAAAUUUCUCCUUAGGUGAAAUAGAUGUAAUAAUAUUUCGUCAUUUUAUUCUUAACACUAAAAAACCCAAACUCCUUUCUGUUUUGUUAAAAAGUCUAGUAUGAGGAUUGAGGUUUUAAUUUUUAAAAAAUCUAAUCCAUUGCACACUUUGCAACAACAAAUUCCUUGGGUUUAUUCUUUCUUCUAGAACAACAGUGGAAUUCUGGUGUUCUGAAUGAGCUAGCUUAUCCUGCUAUUUCCUAAAUAGUCUGCUUGAUAAUGAGUGAAAUGCAUUGUUUAUCCUGGGAGCUGCAAAGCAGAGUGUGCUUGAAGCAAUAUUUAUUCUUGCAAUACCAAUAAGCUAUUUAAUUUUGAUUGCACAUAAAGCUGUGGCCACUUUUGAUGUGGCUGGAAACCCACUACUGAAUAAAACACUGCUAUUAGAUAAUGAAUAGGGGUGAGGUGGGUUUGCUCAUCAUAUCAGAUGUUUAGCAUAGUUUUUAUCUCAAAAAGCUUUUUAUGAUUUCAUAAAGGCUCAUUCAUGAUGCAGUUGCAUGAAGUGUGUUUGACAGUAGUGACAGGACAGCCUGGAAGGUCUGUGGGUCACCUCCACUGACCCCACAGUGAGGUCACUUGGACUGCAAGGUGACUUUUUCUGGAUACAGGGUAUGGUGCUCCAUCGGUUAAUCUUGGCACAUUUUGCCAUCUCAACCUCUCUCUUCCAGCAAGAGAGUGGAAGCAUUUGCAGUUCCUCCAGCAGUGUUAGUUCCAUGCUGUGGCCUGCUUCUGAGGAGAGCUAAAUUCACUGGAAUUCCCACUGAAUUCGGUGGCUAGUGGGAGUUGUGUGUCCUUAGAAAGAACAAUUCACCUCUCAGAAAGAAGCUGUCCAGGGGGUUAUGUAUUUUCUGUCAAGCUCCUCUUGGUUUUGUAUUAAAUUGCCUUUUAAGCUGACUCUUUGAAAAUUGCACUGAGUAACUCAUAUUGGGUUUAACUAAAUUUGUUUAAACAAUGCAAAUUUAUUUGCAGAUACUCUUUUGAUGUAAUUUAAGCCUGCUCCCAAAAGAGCUAAGCUAGACCGCAAGCCACUUUCACCAUGAAAAAAGAUUAUAUACCCAGAAGGUUUUAUGAUUAAUUUCAUUAAGUUCCUAUUUUAGGUUAUCUUUAUGUAACUUUGCUGUAUAGACAAGCCCUUGGAACAGGAAAUGCUGUUUACUUAAACCAACUGACUUGCUGAAAUAACGUUCAUUUUCACAAAUGUUUUGUGCAAUCACUGUGGAUAUUUCUAUCCACUUUAACCAGUGUCAUGCAGAUUAUUUUUUUAAUGGUUAUAAUGUAGGAUAUGGUUAUUCUCUUAUUUAAACAAUGAAAGAAAUACAUUUGAAAACUUUA